AUGGAAUCACGCGAGCAAGACUCGUUCAGAGUGCGAAUCUUGAAGUCCAAGUCCAAGAAGAACAAGUGGAAGGAGGAAAAGAAGAAGAAGGUGAGCGCGAGCAACAGUACCUGUGGCGCGGGCAUCCCCCAGACCGUCAUCAGCGAAUCCGUCGCCCCAUCCACCCCCGCCUCGAGCACCAACAACGGCGGCUGCGAGCCACUCUACCACAACAGCGGCGACGCGUCGGCCCAGUCCACGCUAACAGCGUCGGGCAGCCGGUUCACGCGUUGGUUCUCGUGGCGCCGCGAGCAUCAGGCGCCGUCGCUUGAGCGCGACAAGUUCCGCAUGUCAAAGAAGCUGUCUUCGCCGGGCAGCUUUGAUUGCAGCCUGGCGUAUGCCGGGCGGGGCGGCGGCGGUGGUGGUGGUGGUGGUGGCGGAGGCGCCGGCGACUCGACCGACAGCUUCAUGAAUGUGGCCGGGUUUCAGCGACAGCAGCCGCCGAGUCUGCCGCCUCAGCCCGCGGGACUCACGGCGGAGCAGGUCAAGCGCCGCCACAUCAUCAACUCCAUUGUGCAGAGCGAGAACUCUUACGUCAGCGCCGUCCAGCGACUAGUCAAGGAUUACAAGAAAGCGUUGGAAGAGAGCAAUCCGCCAAUCAUGAGCACAAACAAGGUCCAAUCCCUUUUUUUCCGCAUCCCGGAAAUUUUGCAAAUACACACGCUGUUUCGGAUCGAACUGGCGGAGUGUGUGAGGAACUGGGACCGGGAUGAGCGGAUCGGCGACGUUUUUGUGGCUUCCUUUUCCCGCGCCAUCGUGUUAGACAUGUACUCCGAGUUCAUCAACAACUUCACGGCUGCGAUGGACAUGGCGAAAUUGGAGUCCAAGCGGAAAUCCGCCUUUGCAGACUUUCUCAAGGUCAAGCAGAUCACGUCGACCGACAGACUUUCCUUUUUUGGCCUGAUGGUGAAACCCGUGCAGCGGUUUCCGCAGUUCAUCCUACAGCUGCAGGAUCUCCUGAAGUACACCCCACAGGGCCACCCGGACCGCCACUCUUUGCAGCUCGCGUUGACCCAGCUGGAGAGCCUGGCCGACUUGCUGAACGAAAGAAAGAGAGAAACUGAGCAGCUAGCAGCCUUCCGCGAGACCAUGCGGCACCUGCAGGGCUCCAAACUGGUGGCGGCCCUGAAGGCGCUUCCGUCGCCCUGGCCGCAAUCCGGGAACCAGGGAAGGUUCCUUUUGCGCGAGGACAACAUGACGCAGCUGGAAUUCAACAACGUGGGACUGGUGACGAAGACGAAGCCCAGAAGGCUUUAUUUACUCAAUGACCUGCUUGUCUGUGUUUCCACUGGGCCGAAGCAGGCCGGCGACUUCAACAACAAUGAAAGGCUCUCGCUCAAGUGGGCUGUUCCGGUGAAUGACGUGGAGCACGUGUGUCGCACAUCUCUGCCAUCUGGCUCGAAUUUAAUUCCGGAGGAACUCCAUUCUCCAGAGCCGGAAUCGGCCGUUCAAGACACGAGUACAUCGCCCACGCUGAGCCGCAUUCUUCCGGCCGGUCUGAACAAGAACGGCAGUCUCAAAAGCGAUAAGAGCGAGUCCAGUGGAGGAGCAGAGAGCUUGUGCCAAGAAAUGAGCGAUUUGAUGCACGAUUACGAACUAUUGCGCAGAAUAUCCGAUUUCAUUUCCCAGUUGAAGGGGAAUUACGGGGGAUUGAAUGUGGAUUCAAUCCAAACGAUCAGGUCAUCCAUUCAGCAAUCAAUUCAGCAGAAGGACGAGGAAAUUGCCUGGGUGGAUUCGUGCUGCUUGCAGUUUUCCAUUAAGAGUGGUAGCUCCAAAACCGGCACUAUGGGCUAUUCAGGGCCGAAAGAUGAGCAAUUCACCUUCCAGACAGAUAAUCCUACUGUCAAGAAGGACUGGAUAGUCGACUUGAGACUGGCUCAGUUGGCACUAGAUUCGAACAAUUCUCCCGCUUGGGACAUUCCUCAACAAGAGCAACGAAGGCCUGCUGCCAGGCUUCCUCUCUUCGUGAAAUCUCUAACCACUUACGCCUCUCAGCAUCAAACAGAGGUACGAUGUGGUUGUUACUACUCAGUGCCGCAGCUGAAGAAGCAAGGCGGACGCGUGAUACAAGCUAGUUACCUCUGGGUUGCGGCCAGUGAUGGCGUGUCGACGCAUCUGUCACUAUUUGCGCAUCAGUCGGCCGACGCAGGACCGCUGCUUCGGUCCAUGCUUGUGCACGAUCUUCAGGAAGUUCGUGUCACCGCUGUGGAACACGUACCAGGCUUCGCACUCGAUUCCGGGCUCCGUGGGCCGCUUGUCUGGUUGGGGUUGGAAAGCAGGAAAAUACUCCUAUUUUCGGCUGCGGAACCGGAACGAAUGAAUGAAGUCGGUGUGGUGAACGUGCCGGCACCAGUGACCUGCAUCAAAUACCAUUACGACAUUGUUUGGGUGGGGCUGGCGAAUGCGACGAUUUUAGCGUAUCGUCGAGACUGGGAAGGUCUACAUCCUGGAAUGGCUGGAGGCGAGUGGCUGUUGAAGGACCCGCACACGAUCGCUUUGAACGAGAGUGGACCCAUUUCUGCACUUUUGCCGCUUUCUGCUUGCAUGUAUGUCGCUUGUGAUCGCACUGUCGCCGUCGUGGAUUGCCUCUCGAUGGAUAUUACGAAAAGCUUCAGUGCCCAGCACGAAGAAUGCGGAGGACGCGUAAAUCUCAUGGCUCAUUCUGGAAUUGGACUCUGGAUUUCGAUGAAGGGCUCGCCCACCAUUUGUCUGUACCACACAGAAACCUUCAAGCAUCUGCAAGACAUCAACGUCGCUUCCAACGUCGCGAGAAUCCUCGGCACUGACUGUUCUCGUGACCAACAAAGAGAGCAGAUUCACGUAACUGCCUUGAUGGCUUGUCGGGGAUUAUUAUGGAUUGGAACGAACGUUGGCAUGGCCCUGACAAUUCCUUUGCCAAGACUGGAGGGUAUUCCUAUCAUCAGCGGCAGAGCGAACAUCUCCUACCAUUCCCACAGUGGUCCGGUGACAUUUUUGCUUCCUCUUCAAAGCUAUGCUCCACCAUCCUUGAAUUUGUCGGACGUCAGAAGCGGAGAUAGCUCGAGUUCUGUCAUUCACGAAGAAAACGAAGAUGAGAAGAGCCCUGGGAACAAGACGAGUUUGCACAAGCAGGAUUCAGACGGGAAUCUUACCCCUCGUCGGAAUAGCUCGGCUCGUUCAAAAUUGAGUGGAAUGAGCCCAGUAGCUUUGAGACGCAGGUUCCCGGGCCACGGAAAAGAUGCACACAAUCGUCGUGCUUCGAAAACUCUUCCCCGGGGACUCGGUCUGCUGACCGUAGGCAAUGCCCUGGAUAAUUGCGACGUGUACGGACUCUAUGGCGAGCUGAUGAAUAUCCGGGAUUAUGAGGAUGAACAUGGGAUCGUAGAUCCCGUUUAUGAGACUAUGCGGCGAUCAGAUCCGGACUUGUCUGUUGUGCCGCAUCGCAUCAACACCCUGGACCGUCGUUUGCAGAUGAAAACGGGAAGACCCCGUUCCCUGGACUUGUCCAAUUGGUCCAUGGACUCCAAAAACUCCUCGCACACAACUGCGAGUUCUUCCUCGUCCAACUCAAACUCAGACGCGGAUAAUGCGAGCCUCGCAAUGCCCUCAGUGUCCAGAAUGCCUUCCUUCAAUGCAAGCACACCUUCCAGUGGGAAAUCGUCAAGAUCCAUUCACAUCUCGAUCCCGUGCGAACAGAGUCGGACGCUGAUCGCUAUAACUGGUGGAAGAGGAUACGUGAACAUUAGGAGGUCUUCCGGGAAUGGAGGAACUUUGGACAAGUGCGACAAGAACGCCACAACCGGCAAGCAUCCAUCUUGCGCCCCGAUGUCGAAUUACCGCGAUGCGAACAUCAUGGUGUGGGAGAUCAAGGCGUGAUGAGCAUGGUGCGUGUGUCUUGCUAGGGUGGGGAGAAAGAAACUUGCGCUUUUUAUUCGUUGUGCCAUUUGAGCGUUCCGACUUCUCAUCGUAGCAUGAAUGUCUCGACUGCUUCGUCUCCCCCGUUCCCCGAAAAGGUGUUCUCUGUUUAGAAUUAGCAAACGCAGCAGAUUGCAUGCCCUGGAAAGCCAUAUUUUUUUCAUUCAUGCGCAUUUUUUCUGUGAUAGAAGAAAGUUUGACUCGCCGCUUUGCGUGUUCGUUUCUUCUUUUUUUUCCGAAUUACGGUGAGGCAGUUUGCGAACUCGGAACUGACUGAAGGCUUCAGGAUAUUAAUUGUUUUCAGAUGAUUGAUUGUUGUUGCGGUGAAGCGUCGCCUUCCUUUUUUUACAGCGUUUGGAAUAACUGCGAGAACGAUUUUUUAUUCGUGUUGGAAUGCACCGCUUCGUGUAUUGCGCAAGUUUAAUCUUCCCCUCCGGUUUCUCGUCCAUUCUUAAAUUCGUGUCAAAUCGGUUUGCUUAGUCUAUACCUGCUGAUGUUGAUGGGACGUUCGAUUUGGAUAUCGCUUUUCUUGCGUUCUCUUCUCCUAGAACACGGAAAGACUGGAUGUGAAGCGUCAAGUUAGAAUGUUGGUCCUCUUGACCACGUAUUUUGAUUUUUGAUCCCCGUUUUUUGCGUUUUUUGUUAUUUCUUCCGAAAGCUCGUGACUCGGUCGUAGAAAAAAUAUUCAUGUUCACAAUUCGAGAGUGAAUGGGACUCAUGCUGGUGAUUUAAUUAAAGCGAGUGUUAUGUAUGAGUUGAA